GUGUGUGUGUGUGUGUGUGUGUGUGUGUGUGUGUGUAAACCACGCCUCCGUUUUAGUUUCUUUUUAAAAUGUCGGAUAAUCUGUGAUCUCUGGAUCCUUUCAUCAACGUACAUUUCCCCUUCUUGGCUCGCCCUAGAUGGUGUGUGGGCAUGCGCACAGGAGGGCAGUGUGUUCUGGGAGUUCCGUGUGGAGCACCACGUUGCUGCCAUGAAGAAUAAAGUAAAGAGUUAACUACCAGACGCAGUCAUGGAUUCCAAAUGCCUGGAAAUAGCUGCCCUGGGAAGACCUCUGUAUCCUGGCAUGCUGUAUGAUUGCCGGAGUGACUCCUUUAUUCCAGGUGUUACUUUAUGGGAUAAAAAUGCAUUGCAUGAUGACCUUGACGUGAAUCAAAAGCCUAAAACCCAUCUGAAAUUUGCAGCCUCUGAUAGUCUCAGUGAUAAGGCAAACCUCCUAGACAUAAGUGCUUCCCUUAAAGCCAGUUUCUUAUGUGGAUUGGUGGAGGUUGGAGGAUCAGCCAAGUACCUGCAAGAUACCAGAUCUUCAGCACGUCAGUCCAGAGUUACUAUGCAGUACAGCCAGACAACAACAUUUGAACAGCUCACUAUGAAGGAGCUCGGUAAUAUCACCUACCCACAAGUAUUUGACCACAAAACAGCCACUCAUGUAGUUACAGCUGUACUGUAUGGAGCUCAGGUUUUCAUGGUGUUUGAUUAUACAAGUGCAGAAAAUGAGAACAAACAGGAAAUUGAAGGAAACCUUCAUGCAGUGGUCAAGAAGAUCCCUACUAUUUCCAUUGAGGGGCAAACAUCGCUUAACAUGACUGAAGAUGAAAAAAAAGUGGCUGAGAAUAUUAGUAUCACAUUUUAUGGUGACAUUAAACUUGAAGAAAACCCCACCACAUACAAGGAAGCUCUGCAUGUAUACAGGAAGGUGCCUGAACUGAUGAAGCAACAAGGUAAAGGUGUACCUCUGACAGUGUGGCUGUAUCCUCUCUAUCUUUUGGAUGAUAAGGCUGCAAAGUUGGUGAGAGAAAUCAGUUUGAGCCUGUUGUGUGAAACAGAACGUUUGUUGGAGGAACUUGGUAAGAAGGAGAGAAUAUGCAACGAUUUGAUCAAAAGAGAAAUAACGGAUGAUUUCCCUGAUAUAAAAAACAGGUUGCUAAAGUUUCAGGCAUUACACAGAAAUUAUACAAGUUUGUUAAAGAAGGCACUAUGCAGAGUUCUGCCAGCUAUUCGUGGUGGGACACAAGAGGACAAGACACUAAGGGACAUCCUGAGCAUCCAUGACACAUCACCCUUCAAUGUAAGCAACAUGAACAAAUGGUUAGAUGACAUUACAGCUGAAUUAAAUAUCCUGAGCUCCUAUACAGCAUGUUUGAAGGACAUCACAGUUGUGAAAUCAUCAGGGUCAUUAAAUUCCAUCUGCCUUCAUCCUGAUGUUGAUGUGGUGGUAUGUUUGUCAUUUACAUCUCUAAAGCAUGAUGACUCCUACUUAGCAGCGCUACAGGACUUUAACAAAUCUGAAAAAUUUAAAAUGUUGGGGAAAACAAGUGAGAGAGUUUCCAUUCUCCAAGCAGCACAGCCUUGGAUCACUUCUCCUGACAUUUCUGCAAGGAUGAGGCAGAAUCUUUCUCUCUUUACCUCAUUUUUAAAGGCCAAUAAAAAUGAGAAGAGAAUCAAAUUCAUCAUUGCCUCCAUAUCUGAUCCCAGCAAUCCAGGAACCUCAAUACAACUUUAUCAGAAUGGUUCUCUGACAGAUCCUAAGUUCCAGCCUGUAUCCAAACCUCCCAAACCUGAAGUGGAGACCAGUUAUGAGAGUGUCAUCCUGAAGCUUUCAAAAUCCCCAACCGGAGAGACUGUACACUUCAGAGUUGAGUACAGGAUGACACCUUCAAAUGAUUCAGCAGCUGAUGUUGAGGAAUGGACAGUCAUAGACACGUCAAAUGCACAGAACACCUUCACAUUGACUGGACUAAAGCCAACAGAACAAUACUGGGUCCGAUACAGAGCUGUUAGUGAUGUGGGAGUGAGUGAAGCCAGCAACUCUGUCCAAUUCACCACUAUUGGAAAGCUCACUGUGACAGAAGACCAAUUGAACGUCUCCAUGCCUUCUCUCAUUACUGAACUCAGGACUAAAUUAAUGACCACUAUCGGCAUGUCACGAUGGUCUCCAUCUACUAUAAAGUCAGAGGUUACAAAUAUUGUCAACAAUCCUACCAUUCCUUACACUGAGAAAAUCCCUGGACGGCUCAGAGAAGGAAAGGCUUUGUACUUCCAAGGGGUCGUUUUUUCAGACUGUCAAUCGUUUAUCUUGGAUUUUGUAACCGCUGAGGGAGACGUCGCUUUUCACUUUAGGCCCUCGUUCAAUAAACAUAGUUGCUGUAACAGUUUUGUGAAUAAGAAGUGGCAGGAUGAAGAACAUGUAGAGUGUAACAUUUCCAAAGGAUCAGCAUUUGACAUUUUUGUUGUGAUCAGAACAGAAGGCUAUGAGGUGUAUGUAAAUGGGCAGAAGUCUUUCCUGUUCAGUCAUCGUGUACCAAUGGCCAAAGUGAAUGCCGUUAAGAUUCGUGGAGAUGUCAAAAUGAACACUGUUGGUACUGUUGCAAACUGGAGCCAAUCAACGUUUGGUAAGGAACUAAACACUGGCAUCUCACGCACAAAGCUUUCAGACAUCCAGUCUGAUGUGCCGCAUCCAGUCUGCAACCCUAGCAAGCCAUAUUUGAGAUCAAUCCCUGGAGGUUUGAGACCUGGUCUGGCUUUGUUCUUCCAAGGGGUUGUUCCAUCAGAUUGUAAACGGUUUUCAAUAAAUUUGAAGACAGGCCAGUCUGACCAAGAUGACAUCGCUUUUCACUUCAACCCCCGUAUAUCCUCUGUGGUCCUUAAUACCCGCAGAAAUGGGAAAUGGGACCGGAAUUGGGUGGAGACACCAGGAGGCCCAUUUGUCUGUGGAGCAGCUUUUUAUAUCAUCAUGGUCGUUAAGCCAGAAUGCUAUGAGGUGAUGGUGAAUGGCCAGGUGUCCUACACGUUCGAGCACCGUAUACCGGUGGACAAAGUGACUACACUUAACAUUGUUGAUGACGUCUUCAUGAACAGCUUUGCCAUUACUGAAUUUUGUUUUAACAGGUCAGAUAAUCUGAGUUCUCUGGAUGCUUUAUACAAUGCAGUCAUGGAUUCCAGAUGCAUGGAAAUAGCUGCCCUGGGAAGACCUCUGUAUCCUGGCAUGUUGUAUGAUUGCCGAAGCGACUCCUUUAUUCCAGGUGUUACUUUAUGGGAUCAAAAUGCAUUGCAUGAUGACCUUGACCAGAAUCAAAACCCUAAAACCCAUCUGAAAUUUGCAGCCUCUGAUAGUCUCAGUGAUAAGGCAAACCUCCUAGACAUAAGUGCUUCCCUUAAAGCCAGUUUCUUAUGUGGAUUGGUGGAGGUUGGAGGAUCGGCCAAGUACCUGCAAGAUACCAGAUCUUCAGCACAUCAGUCCAGAGUUACUAUGCAGUACAGCCAGACAACAACAUUUGAACAGCUCACUAUGAAGGAGCUUGGUAAUAUCACCUACCCACAAGUAUUUGACCAGAAAACUGCCACUCAUGUAGUUACAGCUGUACAGUAUGGAGCUCAGGUUUUCAUGGUGUUUGAUUAUACAAGUGCAGAAAAUGAGAACAAACAGGAAAUUGAAGGAAACCUUCAUGCAGUGGUCAAGAAGAUCCCUACUAUUUCCAUUGAGGGGCAAACAUCUCUUAACAUGACUGAAGAUGAAAAAAAAAUGGCUGAGAAUAUUAGCAUCACAUUUUAUGGUGACAUUAAACUUGAAGAAAACCCAACCACAUAUAAGGAAGCUCUGCAUGUAUACAUGAAGGUGCCUGAUCUGAUGAAGCAACAAGAUAAAGGUGUACCUCUGACAGUGUGGCUGUAUCCUCUCUAUCUCUUGGAUGAGAAGGCUGCAAAGUUGGUGAGAGAAAUUGAUUUGAGCCUGUUGUGUAAAACAGAAAGUUUGCUGGAGGAAUUCUGUAAAAAGGAGAGAAUAUGCAACGAUUUGAUCAACAGCCAAAUAACAGUUGAUUUCCCUGAUAUACAAGACAGGUUGGAAAAGUUUCAGGCAUUACACAGAAAUUAUACAAGUUUGUUAAAGAAGGCACUGUGCAGAGUUCUGCCAGCUAUUCGUGGUGGAACACAAGAGGACAAGACACUAAGGGACAUCCUGAGCAUGCAUGACACAUCACCCUUCAAUGUAAGCAUCAUGAACAAAUGGUUAGAUGACAUUACAACUGAAUUAAAUAUCCUGAGCUCCUAUACAGUUGGGCUAAAGGACAUCACAGUUGUGAAAUCAUCAGGAUCAUUAAAUUCUAUCUGCCUUCAUCCUGAUGUUGAUGUGGUGGUAUGUUUGUCAUUUACAUCUCUAAAGCAUGAGGACUCCUACCUAGCAGCUCUACAGGACUUUAACAAAUCUGAAGAAUUUAAAAUGUUGGGGAAAACAAGUGAGAGAGUUUCCAUUCUCCAAACAGCACAGCCUUGGUUCACUUCUCCUGACAUUUCUGCAAGGAUGAGGCAGAAUCUUUCUCUCUUUACCUCUUUUUUAAAGGCCAAUAAAAAUGAGAAGAGAAUCAAAUUCAUCAUUGCCUCCAUAUCUGAUCCCAGCAAUCCAGGAAACUCAAUACAACUUUAUCAGAAUGGUUUUUUGACAGAUCCUAAGUUCCAGCCUGUAUCCAAACCUCCCAAACCUGAAGUGGAGACCAGUGAUGGGAAAGUCAUCCUGAAGCUUUCAAAAUCCCCAACUGGAAAGACUGUACACUUCAGAGUUGAGUACAGGAUGACACCUUCAAAUGAUUCAGCAGCUGAUGUUGAGGAAUGGACAGUCAUAGACACGUCAAAUGCACAGAACACCUUCACAUUGACUGGACUAAAGCCAACAGAACAAUACUGGGUCCGAUACAGAGCUGUUAGUGAUGUGGGAGUGAGUGAAUCCAGUGACUCCGUCCCCUUCACCACUAUUGGAAAGCUCACUGUGACUGAAGACCAAUUGAACGUCUCCAUGCCUUCUCUCAUUACUGAACUCAGGACUAAACUAAUGACCACUAUCGGCAUGUCACGAUGGUCUCCAUCUACUAUAAAGUCAGAGGUUACAAAUAUUGUCAACAAUCCUACCAUUCCUUACACUGAGAAAAUCCCUGGACGGCUCAGAGAAGGAAAGGCUUUGUACUUCCAAGGGGUCGUUUUUUCAGACGGUCAAUCGUUUACCUUGGAUUUUGUAACCGAUGAGGGAGACGUCGCUUUUCACUUUAGGCCCUCGUUCAAUAAACAUAGCUGCUGUAACAGUUAUGUGAUUAAGUACUGGCAGGAUGAAGUACGUGUACAGUGUAACAUUUCCAAAGGAUCAGCAUUUGACAUUUUUGUGGUGAUCAAAACAACAGGUCAUGAGGUGUAUGUAAAUGGGCAGAAGUCUUUCCUGUUCAGUCAACGUGUACCAAUGGCCAAAGUGAACGUAUUUCAGAUUCGUGGAGAUGUCAAAAUGAACACUGUUGGUACUGUUGCAAACUGGAGCCAAUCUACUUUUGGUAAGGAACUAAACACUGGCAUCUCACGCACAAAGCUUUCAGACAUCCAGUCUGAUGUCCCACAUCCAGUCUGCAACCCUAGCAAGCAAUAUUUGAGAUCAAUCCCUGGAGGUUUGAGACCUGGUCUGGCUUUGUUCUUCCAAGGGGUUGUUCCAUCAGAUUUUGAACGCUUUGCAAUAAACUUGCAGACCGGCUCUGAAACCGCUUUCCACUUCAACCCCCGUAUGUCCUCUGUGGUCCUUAAUAGCCACAGGAAUGGGACAUGGGACCAGAAUUGGGUGGAGACACCAGGAGGCCCAUUUGUCUGUGGAGCAGCUUUUGAUAUCAUCAUGGUCGUUAAGCCAGAAUGCUAUGAGGUGAUGGUGAAUGGCCAAGUGUCCUACACGUUCAAGCACCGUAUACCGGUGGACAAAGUGACUACACUUAACAUUAAUGGAGACGUCUUCGUGAACCGCUUUGCCAUUACUGAAUUUUGUUUUAACAGGUCAGAUAAUCUGAGUUCUCUGGAUGCUUUAUACAACGCAGUCAUGGAUUCAAGAUGCAUGAAAAUAGCUGCCCUGGGAAGACCUCUGUAUCCUGGCAUGUUGUAUGAUUGCCGAAGCGACUCCUUUAUUCCAGGUGUUACUUUAUGGGAUAAAAAUGCAUUGCAUGAUGACCUUGAUGUUCAUCAGAAGCCUGAAGCAGAUCUGAAAUUUUCUGCUUCGGAUAGUCUCAGUGAUAAGGCAAACCUCCUAGACAUAAGCGCUUCCCUUAAAGCCAGUUUCUUAUGUGGAUUGGUGGAGGUUGGAGGAUCGGCCAAGUACCUGCAAGAUACCAGAUCUUCAGCACGUCAGUCCAGAGUUACUAUGCAGUACAGCCAGACAACAACAUUUGAACAGCUCACUAUGAAGGAGCUCGGUAAUAUCACCUACCCACAAGUAUUUGACCAGAAAACAGCCACUCAUGUAGUUACAGCUGUACUGUAUGGAGCUCAGGUUUUCAUGGUGUUUGAUUAUACAAGUGCAGAAAAUGAGAACAAACAGGAAAUUGAAGGAAAGCUUCAUGCAGUGGUCAAGAAGAUCCCUACCAUUUCCAUUGAGGGGCAAACAUCGUUUAACAUGACUGAAGAUGAAAAAAAAAUGGCAGAGAAUAUUAGUGUCACAUUUUAUGGUGACAUUGAACUUGAAGAAAACCCCACCUCAUACAAUGAAGCUCUGGAGGUGUACAAUAAGGUGCCUGCUAUGCUGAAGCAACAAGGUAAAGGUGUACCUCUGACAGUGUGGCUGUAUCCUCUCUAUCUUUUGGAUGAUAGGGCUGCAAAGUUGGUGAGAGAAAUCAAUUCGAGCCUGUUGUGUGAAACAGAAAGUUUGCUUGAGGAACUCUGGGAAAUGGAGAGAAUAUGCAAUGAUUUGAUCAAAAGAGAAAUAACGGAUGAUUUCCCUGAUAUAAAAAACAGGUUACUAAAGUUUCAGGCAUUACACAGAAAUUAUACAAGUUUGUUAAAGAAUGCACUAUGCAGAGUUCUGCCAGCUAUUCGUGGUGGGACACAAGAGGACAAGACACUAAGGGACAUCCUGAGCAUCCGUGACACAUCAUCCUUCAAUGUAAACAUCAUGAACAAAUGGUUAGAUGACAUUACAACUGAAUUAAAUAUUCUGAGCUCCUAUACAGUGUUAAAGGACAUAAAGGUUGUGAAAUCAUCAGGGUCACUCAAAUCCAUCUGCCUUCAUCCUGAUGUUGAUGUGGUGGUAUGUUUGUCAUUUACAUCUCUAAAGCAUGAUGACUCCUACCUAGCAGCUCUACAGGACUUUAACAAAUCUGAAGAAUUUAAAAUGUUGGGGAAAACAAGUGAGAGAGUUUCCAUUCUCCAAGCAGCACAGCCUUGGUUCACUUCUCCUAACAUUUCUACAAGGAUGAGGCAGAAUCUUUCUCUCUUUACCUCCUUUUUAAAGGCCAAUAAAAAUGAGAAGAGAAUCAAAUUCAUCAUUGCCUCCGUAUCAGAUCCCAGCAAUCCAGGAACCUCAAUACAACUUUAUCAGAAUGGUUCUCUGACAGAUCCUAAGUUCCAGCCUGUAUCCAAACCUCCCAAACCUGAAGUGGAGACCAGUUAUGGGAAAGUUACCCUGAAGCUUUCAAAAUCCCCAACUGGAGAGACUGUACACUUCAGAGUUGAGUACAGGAUGACACCUUCAAAUGAUUCAGCAGCUGAUGUUGAGGAAUGGACAGUCAUAGACACAUCAAAUGCACAGAACACCUUCACAUUGACUGGACUACAGCCAACAGAACAAUACUGGUUCAGAUACAGAGCUGUUAGUGAUGUGGGAGUGAGUGAAGCCAGCGACUCUGUCCCCUUCACCUUUCAAGGGAAGCUCACUGUCACAGUAGACCAAUGGAACAUCUUCGUACCUCAAUUCAUUUAUAACCUAAGGCGUAAAAUAAUGAACAGUCUUCCUGGUAUACCACGUCCAGUCUGCAACCCUAGCGAACCGUAUUUGGGAUCAAUCCCUGGAGGCUUGAGACCUGGUGUGGCUUUGUUCUUUCAAGGGAAAAUUCCAUCACAUUGUGAUCGGUAUGAUGAUUUUGAAAUAAAUUUGCAGAAUGGACCGAAGUACCCUCAUGACAUCGCUUUCCACUUCAACCCCCGCAUGUCCUCUGUGGUCCUUGACAGCUACAGGAAUAAGACAUGGGAAAAUGCAGUGUGGCUACCAGCAGGCCCAUUUGUCCGAAAUGCAGCUUUUGAUAUCAUCAUGGUUAUUAACCCAGAAUGCUAUAAGGUGCUGGUGAAUGGACAGAAAUACUGCACGUUCAAGCACCGUAGACCGUUGGACACAGUGACUGCAAUUUUUAUUAAAGGAAACAUCUUCAUGAACACCAUUGCCAUUAUUAAUGUGGAUGAUGUUAAUCUGAACGUCAGCGUCUCCAGUCCUGGCCACAUUUUUGAGGAUUCAAAUCUUCCCAGUUACCAAUGACAUUCAUUUUGGUAUAUUCUGCUCAGUUAUAUUAGAAUAACAACAGUUUAUGGGUAUGAUUUGUCUUUUUAGUAAUCAGUAAUUUGUUAAAUCGGCAACUACAGAGCAUUUUUGAGAUGUUUGUUGUUUAUUGGUAUUAGAAAUGCAUACUAUAUAUUAUUAUUAUAUAGAUUUUUUUUUUCUUAAAUACAGCCAGUGAUACAAGUCAUUUGCAAUAUCUAAAUGGAUAGAUAGGUACUUUAUUAUUUCCCCCUGAGGAAAGUGGCAGCCGAACAUAACCAUACAAUACAAAGGAUAAAAUAUAUAGAAUUACAGUAGAUACAAUAGAUACAAAAAUUACACUGUACAAAAGUAUAGUGUAUAUACAGAAUGUACACAAAAAUAUAUUCAUUCACUGAUACGCAAAAUGUACCCAAUAUAUAAACAGAUGCGAUUAUUUACAGUAGGUUGAAUGAAUGUGUCAAUGUAGUUCACUAUAAAACUAAAAAGUUCAAACACCUCAACACAUGAAGGAUGUAUUUUACAGUCACUGACUGAACUGUAUUUAGCCGGUUAGCAUCACUCGCUUUUGCAGCGGGGCCCAAGCAGCACACCACAGCCUAGAAAAGGAAAAUGGCCACCACAGACUGAUAGAAGUCUAGUUAAAAGUCUUCAAUGAUUAAAAAAAAUCUGAUUAAACACCUGCUCUCUGCGAGUCUCUAAAGCCAAACAGUUUUCCACACAAAACUUCUUAAUAACACCAAAUACAAUUUUGAAGUGUACAUAGUUUAUUAUUUGAGUCUCCUAUUUCGGUUCCUCCUUAAAUACUGAAGUAAAUACCACAUUUCACCAGUAGAGGGCGGUCAUUAUUCAUUUCUAAAAAAUGAUCCGCCUGCACUAUUGUAAAGUGUAUAUAUAAAUUGAUUAAUUAUAGCUACCUCAAGCCCAAAUGUAUUAUAGUGUGUUUUGCGAUUUUCUUGUUUUGUAAUUACGCAUUGUUGUCAUUUUAUCAAUGUACUGAUUAUUUUCACUGAAUAAAUUGUGAUAAAAUUAA